AUGGCGCGGACGCAUACUCAGAAGGAAAGGAGGGCAUUCGAGAUGCGACGAGAAAGCUUGGUCAGGAAAGUGUACGAGAUAAACAACAUUACCAGUGCCCAUGUGGUGCUUGUGGGCAUCAGCGGGGGAAGGACGUUCGCAUUUGAGCCAGAAGAAGGCAUGUUGCGUCGUCUCGGAUUCACCUCGCCUAUUGACGACCGCAUUGCACCGGAUGACAUCCCUAAAUCUAGCAGAAUUGGCCGCCCCACGCCUUCCUGCGAGUCCAUAUCGAGCGACUCUACCUGCGCGCUUGAUUCUGGCGCGGAAUCGCCCAUACGGGCACGAGGUGCAAAGACUGGUGGUGCCCCAAGGUUGAAGAAGAACUUUCGCACGUCCCGACGAGGACGAUCUUGGAAGACUUCACCUCAUCUUCGGGAGGGAACCUUGAAGUUGCUAGACGUCGAGUUUUUCGCGCCCUGA